AUGACCGCAACUGCCUCUGGUGGAAAUGAAGUAAUUAUUCUAUGUGGUGACGGCUUCGUUAAUUUUUCCUCUCAAGAUAAAUGUUGGAUAGUGGAUUCUAGUGCAUCAUUUCAUGUCACCUCAUGGAGGGACUUCUUUACAUCUUACACCAAUGGAGAUUUUGGUAAUGUGAGGAUGGGAAAUGACAAAUUGUCCAAAAUCAUGGGAAGAGGAGAUAUUUCCCUUGAAACCAACACAAGUUGUCACUUGGUCCUCAAGGAUGUGAGACAUGUUCCAGACAUGCGUCUCAAUCUCAUCUCCACUGGAUUACUUGACGAUGAAGGAUACACCAAUGUCUUUGCUGAAGGGAAAUGGAAACUCAGCAAGAACUCUCUUGUCCUAGCACGAGGGAAGAAGGAGAACACCCUAUACAUGACACAUGACAAACGUAAAUGCUCUCGCAGAAGACUCAAUCAAGCUAUGGCAUAA